AUGUUUUCCCGGAUUGUUCUUCUGUUAUGCGUACUCGGAUCUGUAAUUAAUGCUACAGUCGCAGGAACCAUUAAGGGCAGGUUAGAUUUAGCAGCAAAUAAUAUCACCGGCUUUGUUUUAACAAGAACAAGUUUUAAACUCUAUCAGAUCGGUAAUUUCUCAACGGAAUACCCUUACACAGCUACUACUACCUUUCAAGAUGAUAAAGGUAAUUUUGAGUUUGUAAACGUUCCCCUAAACCAAGGUGUUAAUGCAACCACAUAUUAUGUUAUGUAUCCAGCAUCCAUGGAUUUCAAUUUGAAACCGAAUAGAAUUCUUAUUGAGUUCCAGAACCUAGAAAAUGGCACAUUGCAAUUGAACGCAUUCAAGAACUUUUUUGGAAGGGAGAAUUUCCCAUCAAAGGAUAUAACGUAUCCAGAAAAACUAGAAUCUAUGAUUGUAGACCCUUACAUUCAAGUGGAAAUUUUACAGAAAGCACCAAUAAGGUCGUAUUUUCAAGCAAGGAAUGUCAGUAUCUUUUCCACAGGUAUAGUUGGUAGCAUCUUGAAUUCACGUUGGAAAUUGGCAGGUGUCAUUACAUUAAUCGCCCUUGUCAUUUUCCCAAUCAUAGUGGAAAAACUGGACCCAGAAACUGCACGAGCCAUCAAAGAGGAAGCAAAAAGAAAACAAAGAGAAAAGUAUGGAGCUAUUACUUCGAGUUAG